AUAUUUUAUUUGGGAACUCUGCUAUCUGAGCUCCAAGUGACCAGAAAGCCCAUUUAGCCAUUUUUGUUUGGGUUGACUGAGAUAUUCAUGUGAAUUAAUAAUCAUGUCCUUAGCUCUAAUACUUACUUUCUUUGUGGCCUUCCCCACUUUUAGUCAUGCUUCUUUAACUCAGCCCACUACAGAGCCCUCUGAAGUGAGAGCUUUGAACUCUAUCUUUGAUCAAUGGGGGAUUAAGGCUGACACUCGGCAAUGGAAUAUAAGUGGGGAACCAUGCAGUGGUGCUGCCAUAGGCGACUCCACCUCCAACGACGACAGCUCAAACAACGCCUUCAUCAAAUGCGAAUGCUCUUUCAAGGAUGGCUCCCUCUGCCACAUCACCAAACUGCACGUUUAUGAAAAGAAUGUUGGUGGUGAAAUUCCAGAAGAGCUAUGGACUCUGACCUUUCUCUCAGAACUGAAUUUGGCCCGGAAUUUGUUGACAGGCUCUCUUUCUCCAUCAAUUGGGAACCUCACUGACAUGCAAGACUUGAGCAUUGAGUCAAAUGCACUCUCUGGGGAGGUACCAAAGGAAUUGGGAAGACUUACUAAGCUAAUAAGUUUGUCAUUUUCAUCAAAUAACUUCUCUGGUACCUUGCCGCAAGAGUUGGGGAAUUUAAAUAAAUUACAAACACUUUCCAUUGAUAGUUCUGGAGUUAGUGGUGAGAUACCUUCAACAUUUGCAAAUCUCACAAGCUUGCAAAGCGUGUCGGCAUCAGACAAUGAACUAACAGGGAAGAUACCUGGCUUUAUAGGGAAUUGGAGAAAUCUUAUUACCUUGGCUCUUCAAGGAAACUCUUUUGAAGGACCUAUACCACCAACUUUUGUGAAUCUGACUUCUCUAACAGCCUUGUGGUUAAGUGAAAUAUCUAAUGCAAGUUCUUCUCUUGCAUUUAUCAAGAAUAUGAAGUCUUUAAGAUUCUUAAUACUGAGGAAUAACAACAUCACAGACUCAAUUCCUUCUAAUAUUGGAGACUACCAAAAGUUGACAAAGCUUGAUCUGAGCUUCAACAAUAUAAGUGGGCAAAUUCCUCAAUCUCUUUUCAACAUGGGUUCAUUACUAGAACUGUUUCUUGGAAACAAUAGCUUAAGUGGUACGCUGCCCCAACAAAAAAUAAGCACCUCUCUUAAUACUAUAGAUUUAUCAUACAAUAAUUUAGUGGGAAACCUUCCUACUUGGGUCAAUCAACCUAAUUUACAAAUGAAUUUAGUAGGUGGAAACAAUUUCAAUAUAAAAAGUUUAAAGAAGAGUGCUCUUCCCUCAGGGUUAUAUUGCCUUCAGCAGAAAUUUCCUUGCAAUCGAGGCAAAGGCAUCUAUUAUAACUUUGGGAUUAGCUGUGGCGGUCCUGAAAUAACGCCUUCUAAUGGUAUUUUGUACGAAAGAGACAAUGAAACUCUUGGUCCAGCUACUUAUUAUGUUAGCAGCACUGAGAGGUGGGCGGUUAGCAGUGUUGGAAGCUUUGGCGUGAACCGUAAAGGGAGUUAUACUUCAGAAUCAGCACUUUUCCUGACAGCAAGGCUUUCUGCUUCAUCACUAAGAUAUUAUGGUCUUGGCCUUGAGAAUGGUGCCUACACUGUAGAACUUUCAUUUGCAGAAACAACUUUCCCAUCUAAGUCUUGGAAAAGUAUUGGGAGGCGUGUGUUUGAUAUUUAUAUCCAAGGGAAGCUUGUUUUGAAGGAUUUUGAUAUGAAAAAGGAAACAGUUGGAGGAAAUGGUAACUCUAUUAAGAAGAACUAUACGAAGGUGAGAGUUAUAGAGAACUACCUUGAAAUCCAUCUUUUUUGGGCUGGAAAAGGAACUUGCUGCAUACCUUCCGCAGGUACUUAUGGACCCUCUAUUUCAGCCAUCAGUGCUAACCCAGAAUUCAUUCCUACAGUCAGUAACAAACCUCCAACCAAGAAGAACAAGAGGACUAAUCUCAUUGCAGGGGCUUCUGUUGGUAUUGGAGUUUCAAUCUUUUUCUCUGUGUUUGGAAUUCUAUAUUUUCUAAAAAUAAAAAAGAAGCCUCAAAGCGACAACGACAACGACAACGACGAAGAGCUUUCAGGGAUGGGUGUUAAGCCAUUCACUUUCAGUUAUGCUGAGCUAAAGAUGGCUACAAAUGACUUCAGUUCUGCUAAUAAGUUGGGAGAGGGAGGAUUUGGAGUUGUCUACAAGGGAACACUUGAGGAUGGAAGAGUAGUAGCCAUAAAGCAAUUGUCAGUGACAUCCCAUCAUGGAAAAAGUCAGUUUGUAGCUGAGAUCGCUACAAUAUCUGCGGUGCAACAUCGCCACCUAGUGAGGUUGUAUGGUUGCUGCCUUGAAGGAGAUAAACGACUUCUUGUUUACGAGUACUUGGAGAACAAAAGUCUCGAUCGAGCACUAUUUGACCACAGUUUGAAGCUGGAUUGGUCAACACGUUUCAACAUUUGCUUAGGAGUAGCAAGAGGUCUAAGUUAUCUUCAUGAGGAAUCACACAUUAGAAUUGUCCACAGAGAUAUAAAGGCCAGCAACAUUCUGCUGGACUAUAAUCUCAAUCCCAAAAUAUCAGAUUUUGGUUUGGCAAAGUUUUAUGAUGAUAGAAAGACUCACAUAAGCAUCUGCGUUGCCGGGACAUUGUAA